AUGGGCACCUCCGUCGACGUCGUCCCCGAUUGGGUGGGCGACUUGGGCGAGUCCGUCGGCCCCGUCGACUACGGCUGCGUGCGCCGAUGCCGUCACCGCCGACUCGCCACCUACCUCUGGCUCCACGGCUUCCGCGACGCCCUGCGAGGGCUGCUCAACGAGACGGACGCGUACAUGAGCGUCAUCCACCUGUCGCGGCUGGUACAGCAGGGGCUGUGGGACGCCGCCAUCGCCUACGUCUCCCGCUUCCUGCGCCCGACCUCGCACCCGCAAAGCAACGAGGCCCAGGUGCUCCUCCACUUCCUCAUGCAACACGCGGCCUUCGCCAGCAUGGUCGCCGGCAAGCCCGACCGUAACCUCAGCUACUUCAACAACAAGUACAACACACGGUACCUCAAGCACGACGACUCCGUCUCCUUCGACUGCCUCACGAUCCGCUCCAUCGUCCUCUCCAUUCUCCAUUCGGAGCAAGUCAGAUCCUCGCUGGACUGGGAGCGCGUUCGUUGCAAGGCGUCUCAAAUCGUCCAACACUUGGCUUAUAAGGCUCCAGAGUUGAAAAACGUGGCCCUAUUGCCGGGCGGUCCGAUGAUGCCCCACGAUGUGCUUCCCAUCGGAUUCAGGUACCGUCGGAGGCGUCAUGCGAAGGAACAAGACCUGCCAGGACCUAAAACACUGGCCAAGAUCUACCUUAGGACCAAAAAGGGGCUGCCUUGGUCGACUCGCAGACAUGAAUUAAACAGUGGAUUGACGGACAAGACAAGGAAGUGGCUCGUAGAUCUUAUUGAUGAAAGCUUGCAAGCUGGUCUGGAACUUCAAUCAAGUGGGAAGGAAGGUGUUCCUGACGCUCCAGUGUUGAACACCAUGUCUGGUACCGCAACACAUCUUACUAAAAAUUCUGAGGCCUCGUCAUUGACAAAUGCAGGUGCUCCUGUUGCUCCAGCUUCGCAGACUAUGUUCGGCAUCUUGACAACAUGUGCGGAAGUAUCUGGUAUCUCAUCAGUGACAAAUCCAGGUGCUCUUGCUGCUUCAGUCUCGCAGACAGUGAAGUUGACAGACAGUGCUCAGACGCAUCAGUGA